AUGGCGCUGCUCCUCCGGUCGUCGCGCGCGGAGCGGGUCGUGCGCGCGGGACUGGUUGCGGGAUUCCGGGGAGCUUGGAGUCCCGCGCUCGGGAGUUCCGCCGUUCGAGAUGCCGCUGAAAUCCUCGGCAGGAGCGACGCUGCUGACGUGGCCAAGCCCCGCUAUGACGUGGCGAGGGCGCGUGGUGACAUGGCAGGAAGGCGGGGUUACAGCAGCAGCAGCUUGGCGAGCCUGCUGUCUCCUCGAGCUCCUCCGCUAACCCUCGAUACAAUCAACCCGCUGGUGCGCGAGUGCGAGUACGCAGUGCGGGGCGAGAUAGUUGCAAGAGCGCUCAUGCUCGAGUCUCAGCUGGCAGCAAAGCCGGGCACACUGCCCUUUGACGAGAUCAUCUACUGCAACAUUGGCAACCCCCAAGCUCUCGGGCAGCCACCCAUAACCUUUUACAGAGAGGUCCUGGCUCUCUGCGACCACCCCUCCCUUCUGCACGUCAAGAAUCCAGACGGCUCGUCCCCCUUCAGUGCCACGGCGAGGCAGCGGGCGCAGCAGAUGCUGGACUCCAUUCCCUGUGCUGCCACAGGCGCGUACAGCCACAGCCAGGGGCUGCCGCUGUGCCGGCAGGUGGUGACGGAGGGCAUUGCGAGGAGAGACGGCCAUGCUGCCUCGGCUGAUGAUAUCUUCCUCACUGAUGGCGCCAGCCCUGCUGUGCAAAUGAUCCUCAAGCUUCUCGUGCGAAGCAAAGCGGACGGCGUGCUCUGUCCCAUCCCACAGUACCCUUUGUACUCAGCCUCACUAGCGCUCAACGGCGGCACUCUAGUGCCCUACUAUCUAGACGAGCAGGCACGCUGGAGGCUCGACCCCACCCAUCUGCAAACAGCCGUGGAGAAGGCAGGGGAGGAGGGCGUGUGUGUGCGGGCUCUUUGCGUGAUCAACCCAGGGAAUCCAACUGGGCAGGUAUUGGAGGAGGCGGAUCAGCAGGCGAUAGUGCGAUUCUGUGUGGACAAGGGGCUGGUGUUGAUAGCAGACGAGGUGUACCAGGAGAACGUGUACGCACCCGACCGCAAGUUCCUGUCGUUCAAGAAGGUUGCGAGGGACAUGGGCGUCAGUGCUUCUGACCUUGCGCUGAUCUCCUGCCACUCCUCCUCCAAAGGCUUUUACGGCGAGUGUGGAAGAAGAGGAGGCUACAUGGAGGUUACAGGUCUGCCCUCGGAGGUGCGCGAGGCCAUGUAUAAGAUGGCAUCUGUGAACCUCUGCUCCAACGUGCCGGGGCAGAUACUCAUGUCGCUCAUUGCCUCGCCGCCGCAGGAGGGAGACGAUGCCUUUCCUGUCUUUGCUGCAGAGAGGGAUGCCAUUCUCUCCUCGCUCGCCCGUCGAGCCAAGCUGCUGGUUGAUGUGCUCAACUCACUACCAGGCAUCACCUGCAACCCCUCUGAAGGCGCCAUGUACGCCUUCCCCAGGCUGCACCUCCCCCCCCGAGCAGUGGAAGCAGCAGCUGCUGUGGGUAUGCUAGCAGACACUUUCUAUGCCCGCCGGUUGCUCGACGCCACAGGGAUUGUUGUGGUCCCGGGAUCAGGAUUCGGGCAGGAGCCUGGGACAUGGCACUUCCAACAUCCCCGUGACCGUCUGCCGCCUACCGCCAUCAUGGCAUGCUGCGAAAUUCGCUGGAAUCCACAACCUCUUGGGCUCGGCUUGAGGGCGACGAGAAGGAUGGGUCAGAAGAACGUAGUAGCGUUACCCCUCGCUAUAGAGAACGAGCGGAUGCGAAAGUUAGCAACACGUUCUGCCUCGUCGGAUGAGUGGAGUUUCACGCGACCAGACGAGGCUGACAGGUCCAAGGAAUUCGCGGCAAGACUCGAGCAAGCUUGGAGCAUAAGAAAGAACCAGGGUCCUGUCGCAUGCGAGGAGUGCAUGGCUCAGGGCUGUAUCGAGUGCAAGUGGUGCCGUGGGACUGGUUACUUCAUUGUGGGAGACAGUCUGCUAUGCUCGGUGUCUUCACGGAGCAGCACUUGCGUAAUCUGCGGCGGGAAGGGUACUGUCCGUUGCCUUGACUGUGCUGGUACUGGUUUCAGAGCUCGUUGGCUUAAAAGACCUACCCCAGGGAAACAACCAUCAGGGCUGUCCGACUGUGGUGCAGACCUGUUUAGACGAUAUGAGAUCCUCAAGGAUAUUGGGUCGGGAAAUUUCGGGAUUGCGAAGUUAAUGCGAGAUAAGAGAACUAAGGAGAUGGUGGCGGUGAAGUUCAUUGAGCGUGGCGACAAGAUCGACGAGAAUGUUCAGCGUGAAAUCAUUAACCAUCGCUCUCUUAGGCAUCCUAACAUCAUUCGAUUCCGUGAGGUUUGCCUCACUCCUCAGCAUUUGGCCAUCAUAAUGGAGUAUGCGGCUGGUGGUGAGCUAUUCGAGCGAAUCUGCAACGCUGGUCGUUUCAGCGAAGACGAGGCUCGAUUUUUCUUUCAACAAUUGGUCGCUGGCAUCAGCUAUUGUCACUCCAUGCAAAUCUGCCAUCGCGAUCUGAAGCUUGAAAACACUCUUUUGGACGGAAGUCCUGCACCCCGUCUGAAGAUUUGCGAUUUUGGUUACUCAAAGUCCUCCCUGCUUCAUUCACAACCGAAAUCCACCGUGGGCACUCCAGCCUACAUUGCACCUGAAGUUCUCUCUAAGAAGGAGUAUGAUGGAAAGACUGCUGACGUGUGGUCUUGUGGAGUCACACUAUACGUCAUGCUUGUAGGGGCUUAUCCAUUUGAGGACCCUGAUGACCCACGAAACUUCAGGAAAACCAUUGGUCGCAUUAUGAGUGUCCAGUAUCACGUUCCACCGUAUGUGCGCCUCUCUCCGGAAUGCAAGCAUCUUUUGUCAAGAAUCUUCACAGCAAACCCUACAAAGCGCAUCACAAUGCCGGAAAUCAAGAGGCACCCUUGGUUCUUGCGGAACCUGCCAGCAGACCUGAUGCAUGAAAACGACCCGGGUUACCAGUACGAUGAUCCUAACCACCCGCCUCAAAGCAUCGAAGAGAUCAUGAGGAUAUUGCAGGAAGCUCGGGUUCCAGGCAUUGCUCAGCCUUCCGGCGAUGGUUACCUCAACGAUGACAGGGAUGACGAGAGAGAUGAUGAGGACAUGGACAAUGACAUGGAUGACUUCGAGGGCAGUGGAGAGUUUGUCAAUGCUCUUUAA